CCCCCUGCAAGAAUGCGACCACGAACGACUCAUUGCGUUGCCUUCUAACGACUCAUUGCGUUGCCUUCAACUACGCCGACAUGCAGCAUCUUACCUUGGUGGCCGUCCUCCUCCUGGCAUCCUCCUGGGGACUCUGCGCUGGAGCUGGUGAUUGGUGCUAUCAGUCCCAGUUCACCUGCGAGCAUCAGUGCAAUGGUCCGGACAAGUGGAAUCACGCAAACGGCGCAUGCGCUGGAAAAUCCCAAUCGCCCAUCAACGUGGUCACCAGAAAGACUUUGAAAGACGAGCGUCUGACUCCGUUUGCAUUCGCCAACUACCAGCAGAUCUUCCGAGGGACCAUCAAGAACAACGGCCAUUCAGUUCAAGUCGGAGUUCCUCACCUAAGCACCAUCUCGGGGGGAGGCUUGACGAGCACCUAUAAGGCUGUCCAGUUCCACCUGCACUGGGGCACCAAUGGUGGGCCGGGCUCUGAACACACCAUUGAUGGAGAGCAGUAUCCAAUGGAGCUGCACAUUGUGCACAUGAAACAUCACUACACAGAUCUGACGACAGCACUAGCAGAUCCAGAAGGAGUUGCAGUCCUGGGCUUUUUCUACGAGGUGUCCAACAGUGCCAACCGAAAAUACGACCCCAUUAUCAACGCUCUGCGGAGCAUCAAAACAACAAACGCCAAUGCUUCUCUUCCUCCAAUCUCCUUGGCACAACUCAUUCCACCUGAGCACAAUAUGACCAACUUUUACCGUUAUAAGGGAUCUCUGACCACACCGGGCUGCACAGAAGCUGUGGUUUGGACCUUGUUCGAGAACCCCAUCCCGCUCAGCUUUGAACAGCUUCGGGCGUUCUCCGAGCUCAGGUUCCACGACGGGAAGGCGAUGGUGGGUACCUUCAGGCCGGUGCAACCCCUCAACGGCCGCCAGGUGUUCCGGUCCGGAGGCGCCAAGGUCUUGGUCAACUUCGCCCUCCUCGUGGUCACCCUGGCGACGACCUUGGGACUCCAUUAGGAGCGGGGAGCCCGUGCUGCACUGCGACGCUCAUGAACAUUGAACAUCACUCCCGGUUUUGUGACACCAUCACAAAAUGGUUACACAAGUCGUAGUGCGUGCAUGACUCACCUGGAGGCCCCACUUCCCUUACAACACACAUGAGGGUGAUAAAAGAACACCUUGAAGUGUAUAAGGGUUGAUCUGCAUGCAUGCAUGCAUUGUGAAUCAGUAGGUCAUAAAAUCCGCCUUAUGAAUGUGCCAUGAAGUAAACAGUGCAGUCAGACCCCAGCCCUGAUUUUUCACAGCAUCAUCAAAAAAGCACACACAUACACAAUCCACCUUGAACAAUGUCAAGCAAAGUUAGCGUCCGAUAAUAUCGGCGGUCCCGUGAACGCGGCACGUGAUGCUUCGUUCUCUCUCAAUGGCACACGAGAACAGCACAGCGCUAUAAAUAGCGCAACUGAGUCAUAAAAACAAGCUCCAUUUCAAAGUCAGCGGUCAAAGAAGUCACUACUUGGCCUUUCUUCUUUUUUUGUCCCACUCAAAGUCCAAUCAGGUGUUGAAGUUGUGAUCCUUGGGUAAACGGUGACACCUGAGGAAAGAUGUGUGGCGAUAUUUCUUGCUUGUCUUGCUGAUCCAAAUUCAAACGCAAAGUCUUGAAGCGUCCAAUUCCUAAUUUUUUUGACUGCGACUGGGUUCUGAUGCACUGAAUGCUACAGACUGUGAAUCAUAUCUUAUGGAGAUGGGUGCCAUCUUCCAGCCACAUUUUUUGUGAUGACCAAUGAAGCUGUCUAUUUUUUUCCCCCAUAGUUUCGUGAUGCAUUAACUUAUAUUUCUAUGCCAUUUUAAUGCACAUGAUGUAUUUUAUGCACUGAAUGUGGCUAUUGAUAUGAGAUGCACAGUUACCGCUAUUAUUUAUGUAUUGAAAAAUAGUCACGUGCAUCAAGUUGUAUGCGUUUGAGUAUGUCAACUUGUGAAAUCUGUCGUAUAAGAAAGUGACACUGUUGAACAAUAAACAACAUAUGCAUUUUUA